GUCGUUAAAAUGUUACCCAUAAUGCACAGAAAAUCUUCACUUCCUGUUACCAAGAUGGCUGAAUUGUCUGCAAAAAAAUUGCCUAGGGACAGAAAAGCUAAUUUCACAUCAAUUGAGGCCAACCUUAUAAGUUCCAGUGUUACUCAUGAGUUGGAGUUAUUGAAAGGGGGAUUUUCCCCAGAAGUUACUAACCAGAAGAAGAAUGAGUUAUGGAAACUCAUUACAGAGGAAGUCAAUGCGUUGGGUGUUUGUAUGAGGAGUGAGACAGAAGUCAGGAACAAAUACCGCAAUAUGUGUCGGGGUGCCAAAGAGAAGUUCACCAACAACAGAAAGGAAAUGGGCAAAACUGUAGGUGGACCACCACCCACACAGCUAACUGUUGCCGACGAAAAUAUAGUUAAUGCUAUGAGGGAUAGUGCCUCAUUCAUUGGAGUUGGUGGCUUGGAGACAGAAAUAACUUGCAAUGAAGCAAUUUCCACCACAAAUGGAAGCCUGGGUCUCAAUGCACUGCCACAGCUACCCCCAGACCUACAGCAGAAGAAUCUCAUACAGCAGACACCCAGCAAGAAGAAAAAGACAGCUGAAGAUGUGUAUACAUUACAAUGUGCAGUUCUUGAAAAGGAACUAGAGCAGAAUACACUACAAGUAGAUCUGUUGAGGAAAUUGCUUAGCAAAUAUGACAGUUUAGAUUCUGAUGCCUUGGAACUAUUGUCAGUUUUAGGGCAGUGA